AUGACGCCGCCUUCCGAUGAGGGCUACGGAGAUCUCUACACGCUGCGGCCGGUGAUGAACACCACGGUGGCCCACGUGCUCAGGAACAUUCCCCAAGUUUGCCGAGGCUCCUGGGACUGGCGGGAGUACAUCUUCAUGUGCGCGGCCCGGGGCCUUGUCUUUCUGCACUCUGCCAACGUGGCCCACGGGGAUGUUUGCCCGGAGAACAUCUGGCUGAAGAACAGCAACGACGAGGUGCAGUUCGCCAACCUGAGGUACAUGCACCCUGCUGACACCGCAGACUUCGAUCCCUUUCUGCUGGAAGGAUCGGAUCCGCUCAAGAGCCUGCGCUCGACGGCCCCGGAGGCACUCGAUGGAUGA